AUGGAUUCUACAAAAUUCCAAGUAUUUGAAUUUGACAAGCAAGCGGAUUGGCCAGUUGAAAUGGUUUUAGAACUGAUGAAAAUUCGACACGGAGCGAAUGAGUCUCCAAUUGUAUUCGUUUCUGGACAAUUCGUUGGAGGUCUUGAAGAAGCGAGAAGGUACGACAGGACGCAUGGAUUCGAAAAAAUUUAA